UAGAACAUUAUCUGAGCUUCCGGAUUAAAAAGAAGGAACAUAAAAAAAAGCAGAGACGCCUCCUACUUCGAGAUAUUUUUUCCUUUUAAAUUUUAUUUAUGUACUUUAAGAAUGCCACCAUUAGACUUUGAUUGUCUAAGUUUGUUGUUAAAGGCCUCGUCAAAAGACCAUGUUUCUACAGUAUGCCAAGAUGCUUUUUUGUGCAGAAAUAAGACAGUUGAACAGCUGCUGGAAAGUACAAUAAAGAGCACGUCCGAGAACUUUGAUGUUACUAAAAAUCAGAGUAGACAAUUAUUACACAGCCUUGGAUGUUUGCUAAAACUGGCGAUUUUCCAUGGGUCACAAGAACCAAAAUCUAUUGCCAGUCUUUUUCCUGGAGAAUUUCACAAAAAUCUACGUGAUCUGCUGACCAAAAUAAUUAUCGACAACAUGGACACAUGGAAAUCACAGUCUGCAAAUAAUUUAGUAUCUCUUCCAAAGAUGGUCGACUUUGAUUGGCGUGUUGAUGUAAAGACAUCCUCAGACGCUGUAUCUAGAAUGUCUGUACCAACAUGCAUUCUUAACGUACAGGUACAGAAAACUCCAGAAUCCAUUCAUAGUGAUUCCACAACAGAAAGUAUUAACGUAGAACUGUCCAAAGAAACUCUGGACACUAUGUUAGAUGGACUUUCAAAAAUACGUGAGCAGCUUUCGUCAGUGGCCAAUCGAUGAUGUGUGUUAAUAGUAUAACAACUACAGGUCCUGUUGCAAGAAUUAUUACUGUUCUACUGGUACCAGUGGUGUGCGUAAUGCUUUAACAUGCUCGUAUACCACGAAGGUUUCGAGCAACCAGUGGUGUGAUGUAAAUUUGUCAACGUGUGAACAAAUGCUUCUGUUGUGUUGUAUUGUAUUGUACAAAUAUUAUUAUUAAAAUGAUGUUAAAUAUUUUAA